AUGUUGAGACAGCAGCUUCUCUUCCAGCAACCACAGAUCCUGACAUUGUCUCAGAUCCAAGCGAAUACCAAAAACUUGCUCAGUCUGUUUCUGAACCGUAUCAGGUACACUACGGUUCUGACAACAAUAUUCAAGGAUUGUGAGAAGCAACUUGAGGAGACAAAAGUAAGAGCAGGAGCUGGUGGUGACGAAGCUGGAAUUUGGGCUGGUGAUCUUGUACGCAUGUAUCAGAAAUACUGUGAGCGCAACAAUUGGAAGUUAAAGUCGGUUUCUUGCUCAGAAGUGUGUACUUGCAACCUUAACCUGACUACUGACGAAGGAAAAACACUAUUCACAAGCUGUCCCUUUCAGGCAGAAAUGGGUGGAUACAAGACAUACGUGAUGGAGGCCGAUGACGAAGUUGAUGUGGUUAUUGAUCCAAAAGAUAUUGAGCUUAAAACAAGAUUUGGUGUUGCUGGAGGGCAGAAUGUUAACAAGGUGGAGACGGCUGUUGAUCUUAUUCACAAGCCUACAGGAAUAACGAUUUCUGUACAGAAGAGAGAUCACAGCUACAGAACAGAGAGCAGGCAUUUCAAUUGUUGA